AUGAAUAGCGACGAAGAAUUGUACGAAGAGACACUUCGAUAUGAAAACGAAAUAUACCGAGAUCCACUCGACCACGAGAUCAGCGAUAGACUGUCUUUGACCGAUACGUCCUCUUUGAGCACUAUACAAAGUAGUUCUCCUUCAUCACUCUUCAAUACACCUUCGAAAGUUCGCGCAGAAACUACCUUUGAUGGUUCUUUUGAAACUCCCUCACGGACUUCUUUGGCGAGCCAAUCUUCAAUAAGAUCCCAAUCCCAAAUUCAACCUGCUUCGUCUCGUAGCUCGUAUUAUCUUCUCAAGACUUCAUCUUCUUCCUCAUCCUCUCCAUCGUCUCCCCCACGUGCCAAUCUCAACUUUUCAGAGAUUGAAGAGUCAAAAUACGGCAUUAAUCACGCUCACGUCAGAAUGCAGAUUGACAACCCCAUAUACAUACCGGGAGAUGGUGACAACCCUAUAUACAUACCAGGAGAUGAAGAUACAGACGAGGGUGAGGAUAAUGAUGAGGGAGAAGGAGAACGUCAAGAAGAACGUGAAGAAAUAAAUGAAGGAGAAAUUGAGGUAUUAGACGCAGAAGAACCAUUUGCAAUACAGUUAAUAUCAGCAACAAAUACUACUACAUCCACCGAUGCGAUCGACCUGUCCGAGGAGUUUGACGGGCCACCGGUGAAGAAAUCCAAUAGAUAUUUCAUGCUCAAUCAUUGUCCCCUCUGUAAGCAGCUUGGUCAUCUGAAAAUCAACUGUUCUCGUAAUCGUAAAAUAAAUCAAAGUGCUGUCCGCUCUGCCAAUAAGCUUGAAGAUGUAUGGAGAAAAUAUAAAUAUGAAGUGGAUUGUGACUUUGACAAAAACGUGAGAAGUUUUUGUUAUACAUGUGGAGUAAGAGGACAUUUUGGCGAUGAAUGCAAAUCAACUAGCACAGGCUAUUCUGCAUUUUCGAAAUAUCACAUCACCAAAGCCGAGAAGCACAUAAUGGAUUUGCGUGAGAAAGCAAAGGAAGCAAUUGCCGGUUAG